CCUCCCCCCCCACCCCUUUUCCUUCUUCCAUGGCGGAGACAAAAAUCAUUUAUCACAUCGAUGAAGAAGAGACCCCUUAUUUGGUGAAACUGCCCGUCUCGCCGGAAAAAGUCACUUUGGCGGAUUUUAAAAAUGUCCUCAGCAACCGGCCUGUGCACAACUACAAAUUCUUCUUCAAAUCGAUGGAUCAGGAUUUUGGGGUGGUGAAAGAAGAGAUCUCGGACGACAACGCAAAGCUGCCGUGUUUCAAUGGCCGCGUCGUGUCCUGGCUGGUGCUGGCAGAAAGCUCCCAUUCAGAUGCCGGCUCUCAGUGCACGGAAAGCCACACGGACCUUCCUCCGCCCAUCGAGAGAACCGGAGGCAUCGGAGAUUCCCGUCCUCCGUCUUUUCACCCCAAUGCCGCAAGCAGCCGAGAUGGGCUGGACAACGAAACGGGGACUGAGUCAGUUAUCAGCCACAGGCGAGAGAGGCACCGGCGGAGGAACCGUGAAGGCCACGAAGACGUCUCCCGCAUCAAUGGCCACUCGAAGCUGGACCGGCACCGGGAACACCCGCCCGGCUACGACAGCACCUCCACGGUGAUGAGCAGCGAACUGGAGUCCAGCAGCUUCGUAGACUCCGAAGAGGAGGAGAAUACAAGCAGGUUGAGCAGCUCCACGGAACAAAGCACUUCAUCUCGUCUCAUCCGGAAACACAAACGCCGGCGGAGGAAACAGAAGAUGCGACAGAUCGACAGGUCAUCUUCCUUCAGCAGCAUCACCGACUCCACCAUGUCUCUGAACAUCAUCACUGUCACCCUCAACAUGGAAAAAUACAACUUCCUGGGGAUCAGCAUCGUAGGCCAGAGCAACGACCGGGGGGACGGUGGCAUCUACAUUGGCUCCAUCAUGAAGGGUGGGGCCGUGGCGGCCGACGGACGGAUCGAACCGGGGGACAUGCUCUUACAGGUAAACGAGGUCAACUUCGAGAACAUGAGCAAUGACGACGCGGUGCGGGUGUUACGGGAAAUCGUCUCCAAGCCAGGACCUAUCAGUCUAACGGUGGCCAAAUGCUGGGACCCGACGCCCAGGAGUUAUUUCACAAUCCCCAGGGCUGAGCCGGUGCGCCCGAUCGAUCCCGCGGCCUGGAUCUCUCAUACCACGGCCCUGACGGGAGCGUACCCCCGUUACGGUAUGAGUCCUUCCAUGAGCACCAUCACUUCUACCAGCUCCUCACUAACAAGCUCAAUCCCCGAUUCGGAAAAACUGGACGAAUCCCCCUUGACUGUUAAAAGCGACAUGGCCACCAUCGUCAAGGUGAUGCAGUUAUCGGAUUCGGGUCUCGAAAUCCGGGACAGGAUGUGGUUAAAAAUCACCAUCUCUAACGCAGUGAUAGGCGCAGACGUGGUUGACUGGCUUUACACGCACGUAGAGGGCUUUAAAGACCGAAGGGAAGCCCGGAAGUACGCCAGCAGCAUGCUAAAACAUGGCUACCUCAGGCACACUGUGAACAAAAUCACUUUCUCGGAGCAAUGCUACUACGUCUUUGGAGACCUCUGUGGCAAUCUGGCUGCACUGAACCUGAACAACGGUUCUAGUGGGGCUUCGGACCAGGACACCCUGGGCCCCCUCCCGCACCCGGCCGCGCCUUGGCCGCUGGGGCAGGGCUAUUCGUACCAGUACCCCCUGGCCCCUCCGUGUUUCCCGCCGGCCUACCAGGACCCGGGCUUCAGCUACGGCAGCGGCAGCGCGGGGAGCCAGCAAAGUGAAGGAAGUAAAAGCAGUGGCUCUAACCGAAGCAACAGCGAGAACAGCCGGAGGGCUCUGAACCGGGAGAAGGAUCGCAAGUCAGCCGGCAGCGGCAGCGAAUCGGAUCCCGCCGCCCGAAGCGGAGGAGGGAGUAGCGUGGUGCGGCGUGAGCGGCCCGCCAGCCAGCUCAGCCACCGCAGCCACGUCUCUGCCACCCCCAGCGAGAGGAGCCCACGCAGCCAUCACUCGUACGGGCCUCCGGGAGUACCCCCGCUAUACAACUUUCCGAAGCUGGGCUCCAAAAUCUACGGGACCAGCGGGCCGCCAGGGGGUCCUCCCGUCCGAGAACUCGGCUCCAUCCCCCCCGAGCUGACGGGGAGCCGCCAGUCCUUCCAGAAGGCCAUGGGCAACCCUUGCGAAUUCUUUGUGGACAUUAUGUGAGCGGAAGUGCCUUCAGGGAGCGUCUGCACGGGGCGGGGGGGGGCGCGUCUGUUUUCUUGGGGCUCCUUUCCCGAUGUCGGACGUUUUAACCAGAAAUGAGAGAAGAGAGAGCAAGGAACCCCUCUUCACUGACCUCUGCAUGUCACACCUUCCCGACUCUUGAUUCGUGUUUUGCAAGCAAAGAAGGAAAAGGAAUUCUGGGAUGUUAGAUAUCCGCAAAUCAGUGGAAUCUGUUCCCCUCCUCCCUGUUUUUUUUUCUUUUCCUUUUCCCUCCUUCUCGUUCUUUUCUGAAUGUGAUUGAUUGGUGUUCUCUUCCCAUGCUUUAAUCAGCUUCGUUUUCCCAUGGCGCCUCUUCCCAGUGCAAUUAUACUGUGUCCUCCUUGGCUAAACCAAGGAAGCGUAUUUUAUAUAGGACUUAAAAAGAAAAAGAGUAGAAGAAGGCUAUCGGUGGCUAGUAGCCCUGAUGGUGGUGUGCUAUCUCCGGCAUUCGAGGCCAUAAGCCUGCGUGCACCAGUUGCUGGGGAACAUGGGCGGGAGGGUGCUGUUGCACCAUGUCCUGCUUGUUCAUCCCUGGCCGACGGCUGGCUGGCCACUGUGUGAACAGAGUGCUGGACUAGAGGGACCCUCGGUCUGAUCCAGCAGGGCUCCUCUUAUGUCCUGAUGUUCUUAAGAAGAAGAAAAGAAGGAACAGCACAUUGUUAUCCAGUCAUGCGUAUUUGCACCUUUAAAAAAAAGAAAGAAAAUGUUCUGGUUGGUUUGUUUCUCUCCAGCCAGAGCGGGGGGAAAUGCCUGUUUUUUUAUUGUUAUUCUUUUGCAAUGAUAAGGGCAGCAUGAGCUAACAGCUGUGAAAUCCAGGGCCCGUCCAUGUGGAAGAUGCAUUCUGGGAGCCCCUCGUUCAACAGCAUGGGAAGGUACAGCUUUCCACCAAGGUGGUGGCUGUUUUUCCUUCGCUCUCAUGGCUUUCUUUUGCACAUCAUGUGCCUGGGUCGGUGCAGUGCAUUUGCUCUAAGAAGGAAACGCCACUUGGUCGGGAGCUAUGCGCUUUAUCCUGGGGGACACGAUCCCACGUUCAAUGCUUGUGCGCUCCUUGCUCCUCCCCGGUUAUGUCCAGAUUCAGAGCUCUGGGCUUUCCGCCCCAAACCAUGAACUCUUCUGUUUUGUGUCAUACAUUCGCUCCCUGUUGAAAGAAGCCUCCUAGCAACGGUUGUGUUUUUCAGUGACUGCAGCUUCGACGGGCAGCGUGGCCUAGUGGUCUCCCCCCCCCCCCCCGCAAUCUCACUCUGGAUGCGAGGAGAGCAGCACCGCCUCCAUUGUUCACCCGACCUGAAGGUGGCGCUAUUGCUGUGUCUGUUUCUUUUUGCCAAAGGGGAAACCCUCCUCUUUCAGCUCCUUUCUCUUUCUCUCUGGCGUCGGCUGCUUUCCCUUGCGCUGUACAGGCAAGAGCAGCUGAUGCCAGAGAGAAGGCGAGCGCAAGCAGCAAUUCCGUGCUGUGCGCAAUUUAACUGUCCGCCCGAAUCAACUGUAAAUUGAGUCUAGCUGCUUCGUCAAUCGUGCAAUGAGGGCGCUGCGGCAGAUCAAUGUCCCCGUGCGUCAGAGGCAGCCAUGCGCCUGUGGCGGGUUGGAAAAUGUCUAAGAAAUACCUUAGAAUCAUAGAAUAGCAGAGUUGGAAGGGGCCUACAAGGCCAUCAAGUCCAACCCCCUGCUCAAUGCAGGAAUCCACCCUAAAGCAUCCCUGACAGAUGGUUGUCCAGCUGCCUCUUGAAGGCCUCUAGUGUGGGAGAGCCCACCACCUCCCUAGGUAACUGGUUCCAUUGUCGUACUGCUCUAACAGUCAGGAAGUUUUUCCUGAUGUCCAGCCGGAAUCUGGCUUCCUUUAACUUGAGCCCAAGAUUCCACAUUCUCUGCAGGUUGAGGAUUUGACGUACCAACCAGGGCCAGUGAGUUUGGAGGCCCCAUUAAAUCAGGGUUAGGCUAUCUAGGCAAAUACCCAAUGUUGGUUCUACAUAGAGUAGACCUAUUGACAUGAAUGGGACCGACAUGAGUCACAAUUAACGUUAGCGUCAUUCAUUCCUCUCCACGUAGGAUCGACAUAGGACACUUCCCCUAGCGUUCUCCAGAUGUUUCGGACUACAACUCCCACAACCCCUGACCAACGGCUAGGCUGGCUGGGGCUGAUAGAAGUUGUAGUUCAAAACAUCUGGAAGGCCACCAGGUUUGCUGCCUCUGCAUUAAAGCAUAGGAGUUGUCCGUUACAAAGCUUAUACUUAUUAUAUGUCUUCACCCUUCAAUGGCUCCGCCAUCCUCUCUUGAUGAACCUGUGUUUGCCCUUCUCUUUCAAAGCGAUCCAUUCCUGAAUGUUUUAUCCAGAUAUGACUCGCCAAUCCCACCCCACUACACCGAUUUUCACCUUUGACCUCUCCUGGUUUUGUUCCUGUUGUGUUUUUUUCGGGGGGGGGUGGCAUUUCAACUAGGCGACGCUAUCUUGGGGGCUAACAAAAUGUUGAAGAGUUCUGGUGUGUUUUGCUUCCUUUUUAAAACUGCAUUUACCUGGAUUGUAACGAAUGAGGAAUUCUAAUCAGUGAUUAGAAAGACGUGUAAAGACUUUAUGUACAGUAGGCAAAAAAAACCCCGAAAGUUAUUAAGUAAGGAAAAAGGAAAAGCUGAGAAUCUUUCUUGACAGUCUGAGAACUGGUUCAGCUUUGAGACUGACUUCUUAGUGGCGUGAACUGCACUGUUCUCCAUUUUCAAUGCCUAUUCCAUCAUCUGGAUUCUUCCUUUUUGUAGAUAUUGUAUUAAAACUCAAGUUGUCUGUAUAGUUAAUAUAUAGCUACUUAUGUGUAAAUGCUAUUUUAAAAACUAAAAAAAAAAGCUUUUAAUUUUAUGUGA